AUGGGCCUCGUCGACUAUUCUGACUCCGAGGGCUCCGACAACGACACCCCGCCCGCCCCCAAGCCCGCCACAGCCUCGGCCGCCACAGCCUCGUCCGCCACAGCCUCGUCCGCCACAUCGAAGCCGGCCUUUCAAAAAGUCGUCGACCGCUCCAACCCAGGCAAGAUCCGUGUAAAUCUGCCUUCCGCCGCAGCCUCAGGCCCUGCCGAUGCCCAGCCCUCCGCCGACGAACCUCCUGCCAAGAGAGCGCGCACCGCCGGCGGCGCUUUCAGUGGCUUCAACUCCUUCCUGCCUGCCCCCAAGAAGUCGGGCGGCGCGGGUGCAGGUGCGGCAAAGAACCAAGGCUUGCGCAAAGGUGUUUCCCUGAAGACAAGUGCAGCCCCUGGCUUCAGUCGAGAGCCGGUGGAGGAGGUGGCGCAGAAUGACGAUAGCAAGCAGGACGACGGCGAUGAAGAUGCGUAUGGGCCCGAGGCUCCUGCCGACGAACCAAAGCCUACCGAAGAGGUCAAAUUGGUCGGGAAGCCGAUGAUGUUCAAGCCUCUGUCCGUUUCGAAUAAUGCCAAGAAAAAGAAGAAGGCAGUGUCGACGCUGCCGCCCAUGCCAAAGGCGCCGAAGCCUGCAGGGCAAGCGGCAUCUGCUCCGCAAGCAGAGAGGGCUGCUGCUCCGACUGCGUCUGCUCCCAAGCCAAAGCCCAAGGUUUCCCUUUUUUCCAUAUCCCAGGAGGAGUCAAGCCCGGUUCCUAGUGCGUCGGGAGGAGAAUACCAGCCCUUGCUCUAUACAUCACAACAGACCAGUAAGGUAGAAUAUGCAGAUGGCUCAGAGACCACGACUCCGGGUCAGUCAGCCGGCCAAUCCGUUGAUCGAUCGGCUGGGCCACAAUCCUUGGAAACUAUCGCCUCCGAUCUCAACCUCACUGAAGCCCAACGGCGCCAGCUGUUCGGCCGACAGCGCGGAAAGGGCGGCCAUGAUCUUUCUGCCAUAAGCGUUGCCAACUUUAAUACCGACCAAGAAUAUGCUCACAAUGAGCAGUUGAGAGCCGCCGGCGAGACAGUCCAACACAACCCGGUCAGGUCCAUUGCGCCUGGCAAGCACUCUCUGAAGCAGUUGAUCAACAACGCCACCACUCAGAAAGAUGCUUUGGAGGAGCAUUUUGCCUCAGGGAAGAGAAACAAAAAGGAGGCGGGUAGUAAAUAUGGUUGGUGA